AUGGUGACUGCUGGUAGGAGGAGCGAACGAGUAGAAGUGCUGGUAAAUGUGAUUCAGGUUCUCUGUCACUACAUCCAUAAAGCCGUGGAAUUCCACGUGCAGGGUGCUCAACUCGCCUCUCAGAUUGGCAAUGUUUGUCUGGAUAGCUUUGAUGGCAGCAACAUGAUCGGUGAGAGGUGUACCAGUUCUUGGUUGGGGAAAAGAGGGACACUAUGUGGUUUGAUACCAACAGUUCUUGGUUGGGGAAGAGAGGGACACUAUGUGGUUUGUAAAAUUACACAGGAGUAUCUUAGUGAAAAUGCUCUUUUUGCAGUGAAACAACUGCUUCCAGAUUCUGCUCAUGGCGAUCUUGCUGCACUUUGCUCUUGGCCUGAUGAAAUUCGCUUCCAUUAUCAUUGGAGUAGUGCUUUGCAUUAUGCUAUUACACCUGAUUUCUUGUGUAAUUAUCAAUACUGCAGAGAUUGUCAUGAUUCUUAUGGACGGAAGCAUAGGUGUGUUACUGGAGCAAUUCACAAUUAUACGAUGCAAUUAAAAUUAGCUUAUGCGGAUGCUUCAUCUAAAUUUAACUAUAAUUUGACAGAGGCACUUUUGUUCUUGUCACAUUUUGUUGGGGAUGUACAUCAGCCCCUACAUGUUGGUUUUACCGGAGACCUAGGUGGAAACUCGAUAACAGUUCGUUGGUACAGGAGGAAAACAAAUCUUCAUCAUGUAUGGGAUAACAUGAUUAUUGAGUCUGCUCUGAAAAUGUUCUAUGGCUCAGAUCUUUCAACUAUAAUAUUCAAUCACACCAUUCAUAUUUUCAUUUAG